AUGUCUGGUGUCAAGUUCUCCGAAGCUACAAAGGUCGAGAGAUUGGAUUCUCAUGCAUACAGAAUCGAUCUCUCUGAAAGCUUCUGCACUGGCGCAGUCCCUAAUGGCGGCUACACAGCCUCAUGCAUGCUCGCCGCUGCGAGCAUGCAUCUCUCCUCGCGCGGCCAGUGUGACACACUCACUGCACAUUUCGAGUAUCUGAACCGAACUAAGAUUGGGCCCGCUGUUGUCGUAAUUGAGGAUAUGAAGCUGGGCCGACAACUGACUACACUCCACCUUACACUCUGGCAAGAUGGACUUAUCUCACAAGCGCCAUGGGUUGACACCUCUGUUUCACGCCGCAGGGUACUUGCAUACACGACUAACGCUAAUCUGCGUACUUUUACUGGUAUCUCACUGCCCACAGGAUACGAAGUAACCCCGGCAGCCGCAUUGCCUUCUCCGCCAGAUUUCGAGGCUCUGAAGAACAAUGGCGCCGAUGACCAUUGGGAGAAGUCAAAGUCUCCUGAGUCACUAUCUGAGCAUCUGGCCUCCAUAUAUACCUGGAACCUCUACGUACCUCGCGGGGGCCCCCUCAGCCCUGGGGUGCUAGACAUGUGGAUCUGCAUGGCGAAUGGGGAGCACAUCACACAAACUGCGUUGACAUAUGUAGUGGAUUCAUUCCCAUAUAAUCUGCACAUUUUCCUAGCUACGCCUGCACUGCUCGAACUUUUGAAUGCGCCGCCGGAACGGGCAGCUGAUCCUCAGGUACAGGAGGUCCGACAAAGAAAUCAGCAGCGCUCAGUAUUGUGGUCUCCAACGGUAGUGCUGAACUUGGAGGCGAAGAUGGCUCUCCCAGAGAAUGGUGUUGAAUGGUUAGCAGUGCGGGUAACGUCAAAGCAAAUUAGGAAUGGCACGCUUGAUCUAGAGGUGCUUGUGAGAGAUGUGGAUGGGGGGUUAGUCGCACUGAGUAAUCAGGUAGCGAUGCUUGUGAGCAUGGACAGGAACACCGGGGGCAACAAGGGAGAUACGACAAAGGCAUCGCUCUGA